AUGCUCAUGUCGGCACUUGUGUCCGGUUAUCCGAGCCCUGUGAUCGUCAACUGGGGAAGAGACUUUCACAAGUCGCCUGGGUGGUUUGGUGGCUCUCACUUGGGCAAGAUCGACGGCACACUUGAGUUCCUCGAUGCCAUCACAUCAGACCGGGCACCUAAGGACGAACGUCUCGGCCCAGAUGAUCUGAUCAUCGUGGUCGACGCUUACGACCUUUGGUUUCAGCUACCACCGUCCUUGCUCAUUCGCAGGUACAUGGCACAGAACUUCGCCGCAGAAGAGCGCAUCCGCAAGGAGUGGGGCAUUUCGGCCCCCUGGUUCUCGUCCAACAAGACGGAGUUCGUCCCCAAGCAGUCAAUCAUCAUCUCUACUCAGAAGAAGUGCUGGCCCAAGUCCGACCUUGGUUCCGAUCCUCACUGUGAUGAGCUGCCGGAGUCGCCUGCGCGCGAAGAUCUGUAUGGCCCGCACACUGACGAGGAUCCUGAGCAAUUUCAUGAUGUUCGCCCGCGAUACGUCAACAGUGGCAGCUUCAUGGGUCCUGUCGGAGACAUGCGUCGCUUGCUUCGUCGUGCUCAGGAGAAGGUCGAGGAGAAGCGUGCUGCAGGCAUCAACAUCUUUAGUGACCAAGGCAUCUUUGCUGAAAUGUUUGGCGAGCAAGAGAUGUGGCGGGCCUCCAAACGGAGAUACCAUGCUUCCGGGAAGAUCAUCCAGGACGCCGAACUUGAGAUUGAAGCCGAUCAUUUCGACUACGGUAUCGGCCUUGACUACAUCCAAGAUCUGUUCACUCCAACCGUCUUUGAAGAGGACGAUGGCGAAUACGUCAUUUUGAGGAAUACCACCGCACUUCAAAAAGCGGCUGAAGAUCGAGUGAUCAUUCCUCCUCGAGUAUAUGGUGUACCCGAGGAUAUGCUUGGGAUUCGCACACCUUUAUCCGAGGCAGGAAUAGACACUCAAGCGGACUGGGCAGACCUGCCGCUCUAUACCGACUUUUGGAGCACUUCCGUCCCAGCCAUUGUACACCACAACGCACAUCGCAAUGGUCUCAAGGGUCAAAGGCUUUCUGGGUGGUGGAAAGAGACAUGGUUCUUUCCGCACCUCCGGCGUCUAUUGGAAUUGCACUCUCAACCCAAGUCUCUGGAGCCGCUCUUCAAGGUCUCUGGGCAGAACGGUGCAAAGGAUCUCUCGUUCUGGGCGCCAGCAUCAGAUGCCACGAAGCGAAACACUCGCAUCUUUGACAAGGAAAAGUUGAAGGAUGAAGGGCUGCUGGAGUCUGAUUGGGAUGGUUUGUGCAUCAAAGAGGGUCAUGAAGAUUGGUGGAGUGAGAUCUUGCAGGAUGACGAAGGUCCUCUCCACGUCGGAGGUUCCGCGGUAUCCGAAUCGUAG